AACAAGAGAUGGGAAAUUUGUGCUGAUCUAAUAGAUGGUGUUGCAGAGGAUUGCUUUGACGUUAAUGAGAGCUGUGUGGCAAGUUUUAGGUAUUUAAACUGAAUAGUCAUACAGUUACGUGACAGAUUAAUGCUCUAAAGCAUUACAUAAACCGAUCUAUUUUGCUUUUUACACUCUGGUUAAGUUUUUGAAGGGGUUGCAGUUAGAGUUUUUUGUUUGCAUUUUGUUUUGAUUCCCAGAAUGGAUUGCUGUAUGUAAUAGUCUCCUGGAAAUUUUUGAUUGAAAACAAAGACAAGCAGGAAAUGGAUAGAACUUAUAAAGCAUACCUUUUGAGUCACCAUUUUGAAAUGUAACAAAAUGAUAUUAAUGAUAAACUACAGCUUUAAAUAUAAAGUUAUGUCUUGCUAAUUUCAAGCUAUGUCAGUGUAGCUAUAAAUAUUUUUAAGAGAAUUAGGAAUAUGAGCUGAUAAUAUGCAUAGAUUUUUUUUUUUUACAGCAGUCUGUAGUGCAGAAUUUGUGCAUGAAAUCUUCAUCAAUAUUUUCUAGAAAUGCCAAUUGCAUGGUAAAAAAAAUAAAAGAUGCACUUCAGGCAGGUUAAAUAAGCAUGAAGGCUUUAAAGAACCCUUUUAGAUUAAGAGUUACUGCUACUCAGUUAACCCCAAGAUCAGCAGUGAGUCAUCCUGUAUUACAUAGCAGCAUUUAUUUAUAAAACAUUGGCUAAUAAUAGAUAUUAUGGAGAGUUAUUUUUUCAUAAUCGAAUGCAUUUUUCCCUAACUGAUUUUUGUGAAGCCAUUUCACACUUACUAGAAAUGUGAGAAGUAAUAUCUGAAGAAAGAUUUUGGAAUCUUUCUAGAUCCAAUAACAAUUUUGUUAAUUGCCUAGAUAAUAAUUCCAACUUUCAGAAUUUAGGAGCUGUAUUACUAAUUUUAGGACUGGUAGGACCGUAUAUAGUAAUGAAGUAAGUACUAAUUCUGAUUUUUCCUGAAACUGUGGUAUUCAAAUGUAUUAGUAUUUUAAUAGGAUAUUGCUAUGCCUUUCCUAUUUUUUGCUUUGUUUCAAAAUCUUUGGCACUAAGAUAUUCCUUGGCUAUGUCUUAUUUUAGUUUUCCUAAUUAAAAUAUACCUUCCAUACUGCUGAGGAUUAACCGUAAUACCAUUUUGGAACAGUUUUGUGAGAACAUAAAUUUACAAAACAGUAUGUAAAUUAUAUCGCACAGGGAAAAGCUAAGGAUAAUGUUGACUUUAAAAGGAGAUUUUUUUGUUGUUUUGUUGUGUUUAUUGGUUUGUUUUUAAAAAAGCCUUCUGUCAGGAAACGAAAGAAUUUGUUCAUAAGGAAGGCAGUCCUCUCAAUGAUUUUCCUCAGUUGGUUCCAUCAGCCAUAAAAAUCCUGCCACACCUUCACUGUGGAAGGGUAAAGAAAAAAUAUAUUGGUGCUACUGAUGCUCAUAUGAUCAAGAUUGGCAUUGGUAGGAAACCAAGAUGUUUCUGGUAUCUUCAGUAACACUAAGCAGAUAGACUUGUCCUGUAUAUUAUUUUCUCCAUUGAACGACAGCUUCAUUUAUGAUGUCCAAGCAAAAGAAGUAAUACUAGAAAGACUGUCUUCCCAGAAGCCUGAUUGUUACUUUUAAGGUACUUUGCAGUGACAGUGUGUAGAGCCCUCAGUCCUCUAUGGGAAUCUCCACAGUACUAGGUUUGUACAUGUUUGCAAAGUAUAGAAAAACAGUAUUGAAAAUGUUGUCCAGACUCUUUCGAAUGCAUGGCCUUUUUGUAGCCUCUCACCCAUGGGAAGUCAUUGUGGGAACAGUGACUCUCACCAUCUGUAUGAUGUCCAUGAAGAUGUUCACUGGGAAUGAUAAGAUAUGUGGCUGGAAUUAUGAGUGCCCCAAACUUGAAGAAGAUGUUCUGAGCAGUGACAUCAUCAUCCUGACAAUCACACGCUGUAUAGCAAUCACUUAUAUAUAUUUCCAGUUUCAGAACCUAAGGCAGCUUGGAUCAAAAUACAUUUUAGGUAUUGCUGGCCUCUUCACAAUCUUCUCAAGUUUUGUUUUUAGUACAGUGGUAAUUCACUUCUUGGAUAAAGAACUGACAGGUUUAAAUGAAGCUUUACCGUUCUUCCUGCUUCUGAUUGAUCUUUCAAGAGCAAGUGCAUUAGCCAAAUUUGCACUCAGUUCCAACUCACAGGAUGAAGUAAGAGAAAAUAUUUCACGUGGAAUGGCAAUUUUAGGCCCUACGUUUACACUGGAUGCACUUGUGGAGUGUCUUGUGAUUGGUGUUGGUACUAUGUCAGGUGUACGACAACUUGAAAUUAUGUGCUGCUUUGGCUGUAUGUCUGUUCUUGCCAACUACUUUGUCUUUAUGACCUUCUUUCCAGCUUGUGUGUCCUUGGUAUUAGAGCUUUCGAGAGAGAGUCGUGAAGGACAUCCUAUAUGGCAGCUUAGCCAUUUUGCUCGUGUUCUGGAAGAAGAAGAAAAUAAACCAAAUCCUGUAACACAGAGGGUCAAAAUGAUUAUGUCGCUGGGUUUGAUUCUUGUUCAUGCCCACAGUCGCUGGAUAGCAGAACCAGCUGCUCAAAACAGUACUGUAGAAAAUGCAGCGGGAUUGGAUGAGAAUGCACCAAAGAGAAUUGAACCUAAUGUUUCCUUAUGGCAGUUCUACCUUUCUCGAAUGGCCAGUAUAGAUAUUGAACAAGUAAUUACUCUUGGAUUAGCCCUUCUCCUUGCUGUGAAAUAUAUUUUCUUUGAGCAAGCAGAGACUGAAUCCACGCUCUCACUGAAGAAUCCCAUAACAUCUCCAGCGAUGGUCCAGAACAAGGUACCUGCGAACUGUUGCAGGAAGCAAUCUGGACUUCUGAAAAAUGAUCAGAUAUCUAACACAGUAGAAGAAGCUUUAGUUCCCAAAGAUGGAAAUGCUGAAGUCAUAAAACCUGUAUUAGCAGAGUCAUCAACCAAGGCUACAUUUGUAGGGUUGCAACUGCCAACUGUGGAAACUUCUUCAUUUCUUACUAGAAAAGAGGAAGAAGUUGAGUUACCUAAAGAACCACGUUCUAUUGCAGAAUGUGUUUGCAUACUUGGAAAUGCAGAGAAGGGAGCAAAAUUCCUUACUGAUGCUGAGGUCAUUAGAUUAGUUAAUGCUAAGCAUAUUCCUGCAUACAAACUGGAAACUGUGAUGGAAACUCAGGAGCGAGGUGUGUCCAUUCGCAGACAGAUGUUAUCUAAGAAACUCCCUGAUCCUUCAUCUUUGCAAUAUCUUCCUUAUAGGAAUUACAAUUAUUCUUUGGUUAUGGGAGCUUGCUGUGAAAACGUGAUUGGAUAUAUGCCUAUUCCUGUAGGUGUAGCAGGACCACUAUUUUUAGAUAACAGAGAGUUUCACGUUCCAAUGGCAACAACAGAAGGAUGUCUUGUAGCAAGCACAAACAGAGGAUGUAGAGCAAUAUGUCUUGGUGGAGGAGCAAGUAGCUGCAUUCUGGCAGAUGGGAUGACUCGAGGACCUGUUGUAAGGCUGCCUACUGCUUGCCAGGCUGCAGAAGUGAAAGUUUGGCUUGAAAGCCCUGAAGGCUUUAAAAUAAUGAAGGAAGUGUUUGACAGCACAAGUAGGUUUGCCCGCCUACAAAAACUCAUCAUCAGUUUGGCUGCUCGUAACCUUUAUAUCCGUUUUCAGUCUGGAACAGGUGAUGCAAUGGGAAUGAAUAUGAUUUCAAAAGGUACUGAAAAAGCACUGGCAAGGUUGAAUGAAGAGUUUCCUGAUCUCCAGGUUAUAGCUAUUAGUGGUAACUAUUGUACAGACAAAAAACCUGCUGCUAUAAAUUGGAUAGAAGGAAGAGGGAAGUCUGUUGUCUGCGAAGCAGUCGUUCCAGCCAAGGUUGUUAGAGAAGUAUUGAAGACAACUACAGAAGAUAUAGUUGAAGUCAACAUAAACAAAAACUUGGUGGGUUCUGCGAUGGCUGGCAGCAUAGGUGGCUACAAUGCACAUGCAGCAAACAUUGUGACAGCUAUUUUCAUUGCUUGUGGUCAGGAUGCUGCACAGAACGUGGGCAGCUCUAAUUGCAUCACUUUAAUGGAGCGAACUGGUUUAACCAAUGAAGACCUGUACAUCAGCUGCACAAUGCCUUCUAUAGAAAUAGGAACUGUUGGUGGAGGCACCAACUUGCUUCCGCAGCAGGCCUGUUUGCAGAUGUUAGGGGUUCAAGGUGCAAGCCAAGAUAACCCUGGUGAAAAUGCCCGUCAGCUUGCUAAAAUUGUAUGUGCUACAGUGAUGGCAGGGGAAUUAUCACUAAUGGCAGCUCUUGCAGCUGGGCAUUUAGUCAAAAGCCACAUGAUUCAUAACAGGUCAAAAAUAAAUCUUCAAGACCUUCAAGGAACCUGCACUAAGAAGGCAGCUUGAAUACUAAAGCAGCUUUGAAAUGAAGAAUUGUUCUAGCAACUGAUCAGGUGCACAGGGGGGAGGGGAGAAAACCUGUGAAGUAAACUUAAUUCUAAAGAAUGAAAAUCACCUUCAAUUCAAUGAUUUCUGUUGAAGAUAAACUGAAAGAUCAAUGUACUUGUGUGAGGCUACUUAUGCCUUUGAUCUUCAGUAGAUGACUUCAUGAAAGAAGUCUUGUCAGAUGUCUUGAACGUGGCUUUGGAAUUCUUACUCUUAAGCCUCAUUUUUUUUGAAGGGUCUGUCUUAUGUUUUUACAGGUUGAGAUUAUUUUGACUAGUAAGCUCCUAGUAACUACCAAGGUGAAAAGUGAUGUAAUGUACUUUGUUUGUUGGGGGGGAAGUUGGUCUAAACUUGGCCUGAAUGCAUUAGUCCUUGCCAUCUUUAUUUUCUGGUUAGCCAAGUAUGUGUUUUUGUUUUUUUUUAAAGUGAUGGCAAGCCUAAUCACUUUCCAUGAACUCCCAAUUUUAAUUUUGUUUGCAUGUAAAAUUUAAGACAUAGGCUUUGAGACAAUUUUAUUGAAUCAUAUUACUUUUAUAGAAACCUCUGUCUGUAGUACUUAAAUUGCUGCUGCUGCUUCAGCUAAGUAGCAUUCAAUGUUUUAACUCCACAAUUUAAGCUGUUCCUUCAUGGAAAACUUGUGACCUACAAAGUGCUGAAGUGUUAAAUAUAAUCUGUACUGACUGUUCUGUCAUUUUGUUCAGGUAGAAAUAAUAGAUUUUGAAACUAGUAACUCCAAAAACAAUUAUAGGUCAGACAGUUCAGUAAUUUAAGCAAAUGAAGUUUCUCAAAAUUGCUUGAAUGUACUCCUAUUAAAAAUAAAAACCACACUGAAAAAAACACCCCAGGAAUCAAGAACAGGUGCUUACACUUCUACUAAAAGAAGUCUCUUAAGGUACACUGUGUUUGUUUAUUCCUAAGUUUUUUUUUUAACUGACACUUAUUCACCAGGAAUGGGUGUGUAUCCACUGCUUAAGAUGAGAUAAAAUGAAGACAGAAAAUCACACUGUUAUUUAAAAGGAAUUAAAACAUAAACCCUAGUGUUAAACUUUUUUUUUUUUUUUUUUGGG